AUCUGACAAUAGAAAGUCCAGUUUUUUUAACCUUGAGUGGCAGCGUUUACUGUACAGGAAGGGGAAAGAGGAAAUUGCACCGCUUGAAAACAAGGUGACGCCUACACACUUCUCGCAGACCAGACCGCGAGCAGACUGCGAGCAGACCCUUCUCUCGCAGAGCAGACCAGACCGCGAGCAGACCAGACCGUGAGCAGACCCUGCCUCCUGGACGUGCAGCUCCAGACACUCUCCACACGUCCGUGUGUAGCUCAGCUCAGCCUCUCUGCUUCUCCAGAAACAUUGUAUUAUCAGACGUGACGGGUAUUUUACGGUGUUUGUGGAACAUCUGUGUUCUGGACUGAAGUUGACCUUCAGCACUCUGGGAGCGUGAAGGAAGAGUCUCCUGCCAGACUGGGAGAAGCAGGAAGUGACUGCUGUGUGUAGAAACCCCGGGGAGCAGGUGGUAUGAGGCUGCAGUACUGUCUAUGCUGUGCUGUGGCUCUGCAGUGGCUGAUGCCAGGUGGGUCCCAGAGUGUGUCUGUCCAGAUCCAAACCCCCCAGCCGGUGCAUGUCCUCCCAGCCUCCGGGCUGCUGCUCCAGGCCCAGCUCAGCCCCCAGGUGUCCAGCGUGGCCUGGGAGCGGGAGCGGGAACAUGGCAGCCAUGUGGGGAAGGUGACCCUGGCUGUCUUCCCAGGUAACCCCUCCAGCGGGCGUGUUCGUCUGAAGCAGCAGGGGGCGGUGUUUAGCCUGGAGGGCUUCACCACGGCGGACAGCGGCCGCUACACGGUUACCGUCACUGACCGGUCGGGUGCCACGGCGACGGCGGAGUGCAUAGUUACAGAAUAUGUGGCAGUGCAUCACGUGUCUGUGAGCGUGAACGCGUCCCACGCCUCCCUGUUCUGUGCUGAGGCCUGGGGCAGCGAGCCCCGCUUCACCUGGCUCCAUGACAACGCUGCCGUGACAACAGCCCUGGGCCGUGUGUCCGCGGACGGGAAGACGCUCUUCUUCUCCUCCACGCCCGUCUGCGGGCACUUCACCUGCGUGGUGAGCAACCGGCUGGGCCACAGCUCUGCCACCUACACCGCAGAGCCCUGCCGGAGAGAGGGCGGGGGAGGGGCGGGGGAGUGGGCGUGGCUGCUGGUGCUGCUUGUCCUCGGGGGAGUACUGGCCUUCCUGCUGUGGAGGAGACGCAGGCAGACGCUCCGCAGAGGAGAAAGGCUGCAGGAACACCUGGAGGAAAACCUGUAGCCCCGCCCACCUCCCCAGCCCCGCUCACCCCAGCCCUCCCACUGAGAGGUUGAGGCAGCACAGGAAGAGGGCAGAGCCGCAUGGAGGAGCUUCCUGUCCAGUAACAACAUGACCUUUCAGUGCUGGAACAGGGAAGAGACCUGCCAACUGGACGAUGGCAGGUCUCCACUGGACUUUCUUUACUCUCUGGCCUCUGUAUAUUGGCCAACAUUUGACAUUUAUAUAUUUUUAUAUACACUUUCCUGUAUAAACCCACAUCUUAGUUAUCGUUAUUGUAUUUUGGGUUGUUUUUGUAUAAAUUGUUUAAAAACAAUGUUGUUUUUAAUAAACACCUCAAAGGCA